CAGGCAGGUUGAUGAGAGUAAAAGAAACAGCAGAGGGACGUGCAGCUGGGAAAAAAACAUAUUAACCUGUGAAUGCAAAUACUUUUGUGACCAGAGCUGCAGUGAGAAACGUUACAGAAGAAGAAGAGAAGAAAGAGACUACAUCUCUCUCUCUCUCUCUCUCAUGCACUCAGUCACCUGGACUCUCUGCGGCAGACAGACCUUCGUCCACCAGAGACUCUGUGCCCGGCUGCGAAUACAGCCAGACCCUCGGGAGGACAUGAAGAGCGGCAAGAGGUCCUUCAUAGCUUUCAUCAAGGAGAGAAAAAUGGGGUUGAAUGACUUCAUCCAGAAGCUGGUGUCUACCCCACAUAUCUGCCAACAUGUUGAAGUUAAUAACUUCCUGAAGCUGAAUGAGAAUCAAAGCGAGGAGGGUGACGAUGACCAACUUCCUGAAAGUCUGAUGCGCUUGAAUAAACGAAGUUCACUGGAUGAAGACACUCAGAUCAAACCGUGUGAUUUCGACUAUCUCAAAAUCAUCGGCAAAGGCAGCUUCGGAAAGGUUCUGCUGGCUCGGCACAAGGAGUCCACCAAAUACUACGCGGUCAAAGUGCUGCAGAAGAAGAUCAUCUUGAAGAAGAAGGAGCAAAAACAUAUCAUGGCGGAGCGCAGCGUGCUGAUGAAGAACAUCAAGCAUCCCUUCCUGGUGGGGCUGCACUACUCCUUCCAGACCACUGACAAGCUGUACUUUGUGCUCGACUACGUCAACGGCGGGGAGUUGUUCUACCAUCUCCAGAGGGAGAGGAUCUUCCUGGAGCCCAGAGCAAGGUUCUACGCUGCCGAAAUUGCAAGUGCCCUCGGCUACCUCCACUCCCUGCACAUUGUGUACAGAGACCUGAAACCUGAAAACAUCCUGUUGGACUCAUCGGGACAUAUUGUCCUCACAGACUUUGGCCUCUGCAAAGAAGGCCUUACAGACAACAGUACAACUACCACCUUCUGUGGGACGCCAGAGUACCUGGCCCCAGAGGUUCUCCAGAAGCAGGCGUACGACCGCACGGUGGACUGGUGGUGUCUGGGAUCAGUGCUCUACGAGAUGCUCUACGGACUUCCCCCGUUUUACAGUCGCAACACGGCCGAGAUGUACAACAACAUCUUGCACAAGGCUCCCGUGCUCAAGCCCAACGUGUCCAACUCGGGCCGGGACCUGCUGGAGGGCCUCCUGCAGAAGGACCGCACCAAGAGGCUGGGGGUCAAGGAUGACUUUCUUGAACUCAAGUAUCACUCCUUCUUCUCACCGAUCAACUGGGAGGACCUGAUGUCCAAGAAGGUCACUCCUCCAUUCAUUCCCUCAGUGAGCGGCCCCACAGACCUGCAGCACUUCGACCCCGAGUUCACCCACAUGCCUGUCUCCUCCUCUCUGUGCAACGACUCGCUGAGCGUGACCAGCAGCGUCAGGGAGGCGGCCGGCGCCUUCCCGGGCUUCUCCUACGGCCCUCCGGCGGGCAGCUCCUUCAUGUGAGCGCCAGCUGCUCUCACAAGAGACGGGACACGACGCGUGUUGGAUCCAGGGUCUUGCUUCUUGACCGGGGGACCGCAAGGGACCGGCCUGUUUUUAGUGUGAGGACUUUCCAGAGCCCGAUUGGAGGAUCUAACAUGAAUAGAAAUGUGGGUUGGGGGCAGAUUUUGAGGGAUCAUGUGCAUGGAGUAGU